ACGAAAUACAGUGUUCUGUAGCCUAGCUAUUAGGUAUUGCAUGUAUAGUUGAAACGUCAUACUAUAGCUUAAAUAAUUAUAUGAGUGGUAGGUUCUGACUAUAACGCUGCAUAGUCCAACAUAUUCUCCUAGCCAACGUACUGUCAGAUGUGUUUUUAUAGGCAGCAGCGUGAAUGAAAAACGCUAAGUUAAACGUCAAAGUGUUUAACGUAACGUGGAUCCAGAAACAGAGAACCACGAGCGCAAAAUUGCCCGCCAUUGAUUUUAAAGAAUGCUAGGAAAACCGGUGACGUAAGCGCCAUUCUAGAACGUAGGGUGUGGCUUUGAUGGACACCUAAUGUCCUUUGAUGUUCCCAAGUCCUUUGAUGUGAAAUUAUAUAAAGCGGCGAAACUCACAUCUACUUCAUUUCGAGUUAACGAAUACACCGGCUACACUUCGAUCAACUGAUCUCCUGCCUUUCUCGCUUUAACUUAAAAACAAUACGUGGAUAUAGUGCAUAAAAUACUGUCUUCUCUAUUCAGCUCCUUUAAGACUCGAUAACAACCCUUGGAUAUAGUACAUAGAAGACGGUCUUUUACGUUCAGCUGUAAAGAUCUGCCAACAUGCCCAUCUUUGUUUUGACGUUUGUUGCUGUCCCUUGGGCUGCUUCAAAAGCUGGUCGCCUCAUCAGAUCUGGACUGGACCUCAUUGGCACAAAUUUACCCAGGGCUAACCCAGCAGAGUCUGUUCCCCAUGAUUUACCUGUAAUCGUACCUCUACCAGCCCAGACAUACUUCCAGGACAGAAGCUUCAGUGGUCUCAGGAUGCUGCAUCAGAAUGAUGACAGAAGCCCGAACCAACUACCAGAUGAAAAUAAGCAAGAGAAACAAGAGCAGGACAGUACCUCUGCAACCUCUAAGACUGACAUCAGCAGCCAAAGUCUUAAACUCCCUCCCUUCCAGGACAGAAGCUUCAGUGGUCUCAGGAUGCUGCAUCAGAAUAAUGUCAGAAGCCGGACCCUACUGCUUGAUGAAAAUAAGCAAGAGAAACAAGAGCAGGACAGCAGCUUUGCAACCUCUAAGACUGACAUCAGCAGCCAAAGUGAGCUCAAGAUGCUACAGCAGAAUGAUGACAGAAGCCCGAACCAACUACCAGAUGAAAAUAAGCGAGAGAAACAAGAGCAGGAUAGCAGCUUUGCAACCUCUAAGACUGACAUCAGCAGCCAAAGUGAGCUCAAGAUGCUACAGCAGAAUGAUGACAGAAGCCCGAACCAACUACCAGAUGAAAAUAAGCGAGAGAAACAAGAGCAGGAUAGCAGCUUUGCAACCUCUAAGACUGACAUCAGCAGCCAAAGUCUUAAACUCCCUCCCUUCCAGGACAGAAGCUUCAGUGGUCUCAGGAUGCUGCAUCAGAAUAAUGUCAGAAGCCGGACCCUACUGCUUGAUGAAAAUAAGCAAGAGAAACAAGAGCAGGACAGCAGCUUUGCAACCUCUAAGACUGACAUCAGCAGCCAAAGUGAGCUCAAGAUGCUACAGCAGAAUGAUGACAGAAGCCCGAACCAACUACCAGAUGAAAAUAAGCAAGAGAAACAAGAGCAGGUCAGUACCUCUGCAACCUCUAAGACUGACAUCAGCAGCCAAAGUCUUAAACUCCCUCCCUUCCAGGACAGAAGCUUCAGUGGUCUCAGGAUGCUGCAUCAGAAUAAUGUCAGAAGCCGGACCCUACUGCUUGAUGAAAAUAAGCAAGAGAAAGAAGAGCAGGACAGCAGCUUUGCAACCUCUAAGACUGACAUCAGCAGCCAAAGUGAGCUCAAGAUGCUACAGCAGAAUGAUGACAGAAGCCCGAACCAACUACCAGAUGAAAAUAAGCAAGAGAAACAAGAGCAGGACAGCAGCUUUGCAACCUCUAAGACUGACAUCAGCAGCCAAAGUGAGCUCAAGAUGCUACAGCAGAAUGAUGACAGAAGCCCGAACCAACUACCAGAUGAAAAUAAGCAAGAGAAACAAGAGCAGGUCAGUACCUCUGCAACCUCUAAGACUGACAUCAGCAGCCAAAGUCUUAAACUCCCUCCCUUCCAGGACAGAAGCUUCAGUGGUCUCAGGAUGCUGCAUCAGAAUAAUGUCAGAAGCCGGACCCUACUGCUUGAUGAAAAUAAGCAAGAGAAACAAGAGCAGGACAGCAGCUUUGCAACCUCUAAGACUGACAUCAGCAGCCAAAGUGAGCUCAAGAUGCUACAGCAGAAUGAUGACAGAAGCCCGAACCAACUACCAGAUGAAAAUAAGCAAGAGAAACAAGAGCAGGACAGUACCUCUGCAACCUCUAAGACUGACAUCAGCAGCCAAAGUCUUAAACUCCCUCGUCUCGCUCUCUACAUGUCUGUGCAUCUGUACCCCUUUGCCUCUUGUGGAGGGAGGGAGGGAAAGUCUGGAAAGGACUUGACACCACAUGAGCUUGCUGACAGAUGGAUGAAGGAACAAGCCCAAUUUGCAGCUGCUUUUUAUGUGACCUAUGACGAAAUUCUAGCGUGUAUGAAGAAAUACAAAGAAAGACAACAAAUGGUUCUUUUCCCAACAAAAGUUGCAGUCUUCUUCCGUGCGGCCCGAGCAAGAAUCAUGGAUCUUUGGUUCAGGGUUGUAGAAAGAAUUACAUCUGUUUUCGCCAAGGCCCAAGCACCACUUCCAGCUUGGAUUUUUGAUCGUUUUAACUUUCUCUUUAUCGCUGCAGUUUUAUCACUUAUUUAUUUCUUUAUUUACCGGAAAAGACCAACAAUGACAGCAGUUUUUUCCAGCACAGAAGAAUUUCCGGCGGUCUUUCCACAAUUGAAACAGCAAGAAAUGUAUUUGCCAGGAAACAAGCGAGAAUUGCUGAUUUCUUUUCCACACCCACAGAAAAGAUUGCAGCUGUUUUAUCCAGAAUCAAAAGAGGGUUGGACAAUAGUUCUGAAACGGCCAGAACACCAAAUGAGGCUGCUUUUACCAGGACACCUACAAGGACUGCAGAUGGUUUUUCCACUGUCCAAGCAAGAACUGCCGGUGCCUUUUCCACGACCAGUGGAAGAAUUGCUGCUGUUAUUUCCACAAUCGGAGCAAGGAAUUCGCGUGUUUUUUCCAGGACUAACAGGACGAAUUAGAGCAGCUUUUUUCGGAGCCCAAAGAAGACUAAUGCAAGUUGUUUCCUGGACUCGAUCAAGAAUUGCUGCUGGUCUUCUCAGCGCAUCCGAACAGACUCUGACUUUGUUUGACGCGAUCUCAAACAGACUCGCAGUCAUGUUUGUACGUUUUCAGUAUUAAUAAUGAUAAUAAUCAUAAUAAUAAUAAUAAUUAGUAUUAUUAUUAUAAAUGAAUAAUCAUGAAUAGAUACAUUAUAAUAUAGUAACAAAAAUUUAUUUAUAUAUGUAUGUACAUUAAAAUAUAUCUAAAAUAUGAAAUGAAUAUGAAAUAGUCGGGUUUACUCCGGGGGCUCCGGUUUCUUCCCACACAAUGAAGAAUUGAAAAAAAAAACCAAACCUAUAAUAAUAAUAAUUAUAAUAAAUGAAUAAUCAUUAAUAGAUAAAUUAUAAUAUAGUAACAAAAAUG